AGCGGUGUAUAGCAUGUGAUUGUUGUGGCUGGUACGGACAACUUGGAUUUAAAAUUCAGCCCAAAGAAGAUGUGAGACAAUGUCUAGAUUACAAUUCCAGUGACGAGCUGCGAGGAGUUUCCUAAACAGGUAAAGUUGCUGUGUUCUAAUCAAAGCGGGAGUAUGGGCUCCUACCAAUCUACCAAAGUUUCCAGCGACUGUCCCAGCUCAGCGAAACAGGCCGCGAGCUCGCUAUCACGUGACAUUGGUGGUGGAGUGAGGAUCAGUAGUCUGUGUCCUACUGACGAAGUGAUAGACAAGCCCUACGAUGGGGUCGAGACACUGUACGAUGCCUUCCAGCGGGGUCUGCGGAUCAGCGGGGACAGACAGUGCAUGGGACAUAGAAACGGGGACAAGUUUGUGUGGACCACGUACAAUGAACUUGAGAAGAGGGCUAAGGACUUUGGGUCGGGUUUAGUUGCUGAGGGAAUAAAACCCGGCGGGGAUAUCUAUAUAGGUAUAAUUGGGGUUAACUGUUUGGAUUGGGUUGUGGCUCAGUUAGGAUCAGUUUUUUAUAGUGUAGUGUUCGUACCAAUGUACGACACGUUGGGGGAUGAAGCUAUGUCACACAUUUUGCAAAAGACAGGUUGUCAGAUUGUAGUUGCUCACCCUGACAAGGUUGCCAAGAUGGCCAAUUUCCUGAGAGCUGGUUCACACGAAGUGCGAGUUGUUGUGAAAAUGGUUUCUGAUCCGUCGACAGAGGAGAAAUCAGAGUUUCAGGAGCUGGGGGUGGCAAUAAAAAGCAUGCAGGAUAUCGAGGUUCUGGGACAGGCUACUCCCCAAGAGGUGUGUCCCCCCGCUCCUGAAGACGUUUACACCAUAUGUUAUACCAGCGGAACUACAGGGAUACCCAAGGGAGCUCUAAUCUCUCAUCAGAACAUGACAACAACCAUGGCGGGUGUCAUGCUGACUAACUCUGACUUUAUACUUUCUCCUGAAGAUGUGCAUUUCUCUUAUCUUCCGCUGUGUCACUUGUUUGAGAUGAACGUUCACAUGUUUGUUUAUACGGCGGGUGCCAGUGUUGGAAUCUACUCUGGUACACCUCUUGCUAUUCCUGAUGACAUAAGGAUUUUACAGCCGACGGUCUUUCCUGCCGUCCCUCGAGUUCUCAACAAAUUCAAGGACAAAAUUCAGAAAUCAGUGGCAGAAAAAGGAGCAAUUGCUCAGUGGAUUUUCGAGAAAGCUUUGGCAUCGAAGUAUGCAGAUUUGAAGAAGGGGAUUAUGAGACAAAAUAUUUGGGACAAGAUCCUACUUCAGAAAAUCCGUGACAUGUUUGGAGGGAAAAUAAAUUUGAUAGCAACUGGUGCCGCUCCAGUUCUCCCUGAGACUCUCAACUUCUUCAGAGCCGUAUUUGCAGCAAACGUUUACGAAGGAUUUGGUCAAACCGAAUCCACAGCAGGCAGUACUUUCACUCAACCGUUUGAUUUCAUUGGAGGUCAUGUGGGACCACCGUUACCUGGCAACCUGGUCAAACUGGUCGACAGUGACGAAACAGGACACUUCGUGAAGGACGGUAAGGGCGAGGUCUGUGUUAAAGGUAAGAAUGUCUUCAUGGGGUACUACAAGGAUGAAGAGAACACUAAAGCAGCGUUGGAUGAUGAAGGUUGGCUUCACACCGGAGACAUCGGAGAGUGGAACCCGGCAGGGUGUCUCCGAAUCAUAGAUCGUAAAAAGUACAUUUUCAAAACCUCGCUCGGCGAGUACAUCGCUCCAGAGAAAAUUGAGAACAUGUACGAACUGCAUGGCAUGGUUCAGCAGAUGUUUAUCGACGGAAAUACAAGCAAAUCUAAAAUAGCUGCCGUUAUCAUUCCUGAUGAGGACAAUCUUCAGAAGUGGGCUGCCACAAUUGGUAAGGGUGGGAUGUCCUAUAGCGAGUUGCUUGAGGAUCCAGCCGUGAAUACCAAGUUCAUUACUGUGGUAAACGCGUUCGCCAAUACGAAGUUAAAAUCGUUCGAGUUGGCAGCCAAGAUCAGGUUAGUCGAUGUCGCUCUAACAGUUGAAAAUGAUAUGGUCACCCCAACUUUCAAGAAGAAGCGACCUUGUCUGAAACGACAUUUCAGCCAGAUGUUUGAUGUUAUGUACAGUGAAAUAAAUUGAAGCUGUUUGAGACUUGAGUGAUAGGAAGGGCAUUAACAGAAUUUCUUGACUAAAUUUUAUCACAAUUUGGCUGGACCAAAACCCUUGCUUUGACAUCCUCUUAUUACUAUCAAACUUACAUUUUCGGCUAUCGGGCUAAUACUUUAAAACUUCAGUCAUAGGCAUAAUGAAUACAUUAAUUUUGAUAUUUGAUAUAGUGGAAUAAUGAGUCUUAGAUCAUUACCAAUAACAAUUUUCAAUAAUUGGUGUAAAAUGUUAGGUUGAUCGUAGUGUUAAGCACAUUUUCAUCUUAACUCUUUAUGUUGGAAACAAGCACAAAGUGGAACUAUUGUGACAGUUAUUACUGUGAGACAAGUAUUAAUCUUCGAUGCUCAAUUAAAGUUUGUAAAUAUGUUCUUAUUCAUUGUUAGAUUUCAUUUUUAUCCUUAUUUUUAACCAAGAUUUAGUUUGCACAAAUCUAGCUCUUUUGCUGAAUAUUGCGAAUAUGUUUCAUAGAAAUACUUUGUAUCUGUGAAUAUUGAAUAAAUGGCAGUGUGAGAGUGGAUCUGAAUUUAGAAUAACGAACUAUUUCAAAGAAAAUAAAAGUAACAUAAAUGGUUUGAGUGUAAUACUUAUAAUGCCGUAAUUUGUAUCAUUACGCUAUUGGUUUUACUGAACACGGUACAGCAUUUAACAGUAUUACUAUUUAAUAGUAUACUGUUCAAUAUAAAUAAAAGUAA